UCUCCAUUCUCUAGAGAUACACUGUGUGAGAGAGAGAGAGAGAGCUUGCUCUUGUAGUGAGAGAAACGAGCCCCAAAUGGCCAAAAGGAGCCGCCUUUCCGCCAUUCCACUCCUCAUCCUGCUCAUCUCGGCCACCAUCGCUGGCGCAUUCGCCGGCGGGAACCACUUCGGCCACGAGCUGGGCUGGAUCCCGACCAAAUCCGUCUGCCGUGGCACAAUCGCUGAGUGCCUUGCCGGGGAGGAGUUCGAUCUCGGAUCCGAGACCUAUCGCCGGAUCCUCGCAACCUCCGGCUACAUCAGCUACGGCGCGCUGCGGAGGGACGUCGUGCCAUGCUCUCGCCGUGGUGCGUCGUACUACAACUGCCGCGCCGGUGGCCAGGCGAAUCCCUAUUCCCGCGGUUGCUCCGCCAUCACUCGAUGCCGCCACUAAAGUUUGAACUUUUAUCACUCAUUCCCUCUUUCUCUUUGAGUUUUAGGUUAUAUACUCUUAUCCCCCGGAUGGAUCUGGUUCUUGUGUUCUAUUGAUGCUAUUGCUGCUAUGAUUUGUUUUAAUUAGGGAAAUAUAUCAUUGUUGUUGUAUUACUAUUUAUGUUAUUGUUGUUGUAUAAAUGAAUUUCUUUUCCUGUUCAUCAGAUUGCUUUGAAUCUAAAUGUGAUUUCUUUUUUUGUGA